AUGUCGUCUACUUCCCCAUCCGACGCCCUGCGCUUCCACCUGGCAUAUAAACCGCAGCCCCUCAAAUUUGGCACGAGUGGUCGGAGGGGUAAAGUGGUUGACCUGACGCAGCUCGAGAUCUACACAAAUGUCCGGGCAGAGAUUCGCUAUUUACAGUCAUUGCAGUUCUCAGAGGGAGGAAUUCGCAAAGGCGACGACUUCUAUUUCGCAUACGACCUCCGACCCAGCUCCACUGGCUAUGUAGAGAACAACCGCGGUGGACUUUGUCAAGCGGUCGUGCAAGCCUUGAAAGAUGGAGGCAUGAACCCUAUCAAUCUUGGGGCUAUUCCUACGCCUGCACUCACCUUUUUUGCUCUUCAAAAGGCCAAGGGAAGUAUCAUGGUAACGGGGAGCCAUAUCCCGUUCGAUCGCAACGGCUACAAGCUCAAUACCUCCAAAGGAGAGCUCCUCAAGAAAGACGAACAACCCAUCAACAAUGUGGUCGAGGUUGUGCGCGAGGAGCUUCUCUCUCAGCCCUUUGCCGAUUCUUUGUUCAAUGAACAAGGCAUGCUUCCUGCCUAUAUCCAGCGCUACCUUGACUUCUUCCGAGGCGAAUCGCUAAAGGGCAUGAAGAUCCUCGUGUACCAGCAUUCGGCCGUCGGUCGCGACGUUGUGGUUGAGAUUCUGGAGAAGCUUGGUGCGGAAGCCACUUCCGCCGGUCGCAGCGAGACCUUUGUCCCGAUAGACACCGAAGCAAUCGACGAGGCGCAACUCAGCACCGUCCAGAAGCUGUACGAUAGCACAGGCCAGUCAUUCAACGCGGUCGUCUCGACAGACGGAGACAGCGAUCGUCCACUCCUCCUCGCCCCGGAGGGAGACAAACUCCGCUUCUUCGGCGGCGACCUGCUAGGCAUGAUCGUCGCGGAGUUCCUCCAAGCCGACUCGGUCGUGGUCCCAAUCAGCACCAACGACGCCAUCGAUCGCGGCGCUCUGGCCGGCGCUCUGGAGCCAAAAACCAAGAUCGGCAGUCCGUACGUGAUCGCGGGGAUGCAGAGCGCCGUGGAAAAGCGCCGCCAGCGCGUCUGCGGAUGGGAAGCCAAUGGCGGCUUUCUGACAGGCUCCGACAUCGAGCGCAACGGCCAGGUGCUCCCUGCGCUCCCGACGCGCGAUGCCGUCCUCCCUCUCCUCUGUGCGCUGUUUGCCGCGCAAAGCCGGCUGAUGACCCUGCCUGCGCUUUUCAGCACUCUGCCCAAACGAUUCAGCCGUGCUGCGUUGAUCCGGAACUUUCCUCGUGCCACAAGCCUGAAAAUCAUCGACCGCUUUUCAGAGCUGGAAGGGAUUUUCUCUGCCCGGCAUGGGUUUUCGUCAAUCUCUCGGAUCGAUUACACGGAUGGGGUUCGCGUCAUUUUCGAAAAUGGUGAUGUCGCUCAUUUCCGUCCUUCGGGAAAUGCGGAUGAACUUCGAAUCUAUGCUGUGGCGGAUACACAGGAGCGUGCAGACCAGAUCGCGACGGAGGGGGUUGCUGAACCGGAAGGUUUGCUACGGAGGCUGGAGCGGUUGGUUCAGGCGUAG